CGAUGAAUUCUUCCCACUACAUUCACAUGCUCAAAAAUUCAACUUUUCCUUCGCUUUUUGGCGCACCUACUUCUGUACCCCCCCAAUCCCAUCCCUUCCGUUCCAUCUAUAUAAACAACACACCACUUUCUCUUCCUUCCCCUGCUCGUCUGACCCCUAAACCGGAAGGCCACUCCUCAACCCAUCUUCUGCUAGUUUCGACCCAUCUGCGUCCAGCAACCAUGGCUUGUUCGAGCUCUGCUCUCAGAACCAUCUCUUCCUCCUCCGUGAAGCUCGCCAGGAGCUCCAGAUCUGCGAGCGGCUCGCCUCCCAAGACCCUCUUGCCUUUCAACCUCUCCACCCCGUUUCUGCCCAAGCUCGCCGCGGCAUCUCCCUCCAGCUCGAGCCAGAGCCUCUGCUCUGCCUUGCCCAGAAGAUCCUUCUCUUGCAAGAGCCAGGCUGCGCCUGCUGGUGGUGACUCUGCCCCUGGGAAAGUUCAAGAACUGUGUAUCUACGAGAUCAACGAGAGAGAUCGAGGAAGCCCAGCUAUCCUCAAAUUGAGCCAGAAGCCCGUCAAUUCCCUCGGCGAUCUCGUCCCUUUCAGUAACAAAUUGUACACUGGGGACCUGCAGAAGAGAGUGGGCAUCACUGCGGGCAUAUGCAUCCUGAUACAGAACAAGCCGGAGAAGAAAGGCGACCGCUAUGAGGCCAUCUUCAGCUUCUACUUCGGCGACUACGGCCACAUCGCGGUCCAAGGCCCUUACCUGACCUACGAGGACACAUACCUGGCCGUGACCGGCGGGUCCGGCAUCUUCGAGGGCGCGACUGGGCAGGUCAAGCUGCAGCAGCUCAUCUUCCCUUUCAAGCUCUUCUACACCUUCUACCUCAAGGGCGUCAAGGACUUGCCCGCCGAGCUCCUAGGGAAGCCGGUCCCGCCAAACCCGAGCGUCGAGCCCAGCCCUGCCGCCAGGGCCUGCGAGCCGAACGCCACUAUUGCUAAUUUCACUGACUGAUUGGGGUAGCAUGAUCGUGAAAUCGAAGUCUAGAAUCUUUCGUUUUAGUAAUAAUGUGUAACCUUUCUAUGCACCAUUGGUGGGGUGCUUCUUCUUUAGUUGGUGUUGACAACUCGGGAUGUUGCUUUUAUGUGGGGGGCUCUUUUUGGUGAUGAGGCCAGAGUGGAGGAGCAUAAAGCGGUGAAAUGAGCUGAGAUAUAUAUAACUAUUCUGUACUGCCAAAAUGGAAUAUCCUUCAAUUUGUGCGAAUGAUUCAGUUCUUCCAA